GUACCUGGUUGAUUGGGAGGGCUACUGUCCUGAGAAAAGGUCCUGGGUAGCCUCGGACGACAUUCUUGACCCGAACUUCAUCGAGGACUUCCAUCGAGCCAGACCUGAACGACCUGCACCAAGACCACGAGGACGACCCCGUCGAGCGCCAGAGGAAGCCCUCUCCGGAGGUCCCUAACAUUGGAUAACUUUAAUGUAAUCUGUGAUAAACAGAAUAUUUGUGCUGCGAGGGGGACAUGGGUGAUGGUGAGGUGCGAUUACUCAAACAUCAAAACUGUGUUCUGGUUUAGUCAGAAACAGAGAACAAACUGGAGAAACAAAGAUGAACCUGAAGAUUUGACUUUAGAUUCAGAUUACUCAGGACGAGUGGAUCAGUGGAUCACUGAAAAUUACUCACAACUCACAAUAUCAGAUCUGAGAGAGAGAGACAGUGGAGAAUAUCAGCUCAUGAUCAUUAUGAAGGAUGGAGUUAAACAUCUCAGCUCAGUCACAGUCAAUCUAAAAGUCACAGUUUUACAGGUGAAGAUGAAUCCUGAAUCUACAGGACAACGAGUAAAACUGAGCUGUGAUUCCUCCUGCCCUUUAACAUCUGAUAAUUAUUACCGCUGGUACAAGAAUGGACAACAUUUAACAUUUGACCAAAGCAUAUUUGUGUCAUCCAGUGAAAACACUGACAGUUAUUACUGCUUUGAGUCUGGUUCAGAGCGCUCUUCAUCCGUGUGUCUUUCUAACAGUGGUUGUUGGGGUGUGACCUACACCUCUAGAAGAGUUUGUGUUUUAGUGGGAUCAACAGUAGAUAUUCACUCUUCAUACUCACAUCCCACUGGAUAUACAAUAGAGGAAAUGUACUGGGAUUACUAUUAUUAUUAUCACGAGGAACUCAGAGAUCUGCGUGAGGAUCAUCAGUUUGCUGGUCGUGUGGAGUUUGUGGGAAACACACUGAGAAUCAAAGAUGUUAGCAUGAGAGACACUGGAGAAUAUCACGUCAACAUCUUCACUAACACAAUAGAUAAAGUUUCCGGUUUUCCUGGAGUCUUUCUUAUUGUUACAGAUACACGAGUGAGAAGCAGCCCAAAUCCUGUGAUAGAUGGAGAAAAAGUGAUAUUAAGCUGUACAACCAAUUGCACUCUAGAUGGCAAACAUACUUACAUCUGGUAUAAGAAUGGACAACAGGUAACAGAUGGAUUGAGAUUAUUAAACAAGCUGUACCUGGACUCAAUCAACAGUGAGGAGCUACAAGAGUAUUCCUGUACUGUAAGAGAUGCAAUGGACAAAACCAAUAAAACAAUUGACAGAAACAAUGAAGAAAUGGACAGUUCAGUGUUUGUCUCUCUGUUGGUGUUUCUGCCUCAGUUUCUCAGUAUAGGAGCUGUAUGGAUCUGGUAA